CUCUAGCUGUGGCAUCAGGCAACAUGGCGAACAACGGAUACUGGACUUGGAGUCCGCCGGACGACGAUUAUUACCACGUCACUUACGACGUCUCUGGAACUCCCAUGUACCAGUGGGCGAAACAGGCCAACGCAACAACACACUCACGCGCCAGACAUGACUCCGUUUACCAGGAUCCUCCUACAGACCCAGUGCCGCAGGAUAUCCGAGCUUACCUGCCCGGCUUUAUAGCUGGAACACCAGAUAGAGGUUGGACCGAGGAUUUGGACCAAUCCUAUAAAAUGCGGACUGGGCGAGAAGCGUGGAGGUUUUUCCAAGUCGGCAAAGUCUUCGCCAUGCUUUACUCCGAGCCUGCAGGAGCUCAAUCGAAUUUCGGCAACGAUGAUGCGUAUUCUUACGUGCGGUUCAACCAAGUGGUCUAUUCAACCAUCCGUCGCUUCAUAGUAGCCGAGGUACAUCAGGGGUUUGUUUACGCAUGCGCAAUCUCAACUUACUCCAAUCGCGGCACUUUGAAGCCAGGAUGUAUCCCGGCCGAACAUUCUAUCGUUUACUUCACUGGUACAGAUCCUCGAACCUGCUUCUUUGAAGGCGAAAACGGCAUGACCAAAGAACCCAUAGCGGUCAUACGAACCGACGAAGAUGAUCGUUUGGUCAUGAAACCAGAGUCUCGCGUUAGAUUCGGCAAGAAGUUCCCAAUCGAAAAGAACGUCAAAGUCAAAGACAUCGGCCAAGUUCACCCUCAACACAUGAGUAAGUUCUCGGCGUACUAUGCGGAGUACUAAUGAGAUAUACUCGACAUCCUACGUUCUGCUACAACACACCCACGUUCCACGGCUGUUUUCCCAUUUUCAAAUUGCGAUAUACGUUAGUUUGCCAUAGUGUUUUCCACGUUACCAGAUUGAACAUUUUCAUGUUGUCUUCCGUAUCCCAUACUUUACAGCAAGGCCUAAUACUAUACAUAUAUAUAAAUAUAUCCU